AUGAAAGAUGCUAUAACUAAUAUACCAUAUCAUGCUUAUAAUCUUCAUGAUAAGUGUGGAUCGUGGUGUAAAGCAAAUGAAAAUAAAGAAAAUUACGUCGGACUGCAGUUAAAAAGUCAAGUAUUGUUUGAUGAACUGGUAAUUUUAUUUGACAAACUUGCUGCGAAUGCUACGAAGUUUUUAAUGGCAGCAUCGUCGCAAGCUAAUGAGAGCCUGAACAAUUCAAUGGCUAGUUCUGCUCCGAAAAGAAUUUGCUAUAGUACAUCUGAGGCUUCCGAUUAUAGAUUUGCCUGUACAGUCCUACACAAGAAUUACGGAGAAGCAUAUAUCAGCAGUAUUUUUCAUGCUUUAGGUAUGGAAUCAACAGAGCGACUUGCUAAUCGUAUCCAACGUACAAAUCAAUGCGCUUCAAAACGCAAGUUAAGAGAAAAAGAAGUUAGUUUCAAGAGAAGGCGUAUUGAGCUCGCGCAGGCGCGGUCUCAAUUAAAAUAUCGCAAAGAAAAGAGCAAAGGGCUUGCAUACAGUAGCCAUAUGUCCCUUUUCGAUAACGAUGAUUAUUCGAUUACGCAAACUUCGGUUGCAGAAGACACUAGUAAUCCAGAAGCCAAAGAUGUGAAUAGUUCAGCAAUAUUUCACUCGAAUGAUACGGCCAUUGUUUUUUUUGACUUAGAGACGGGUGGGUUUGAUAUGUUUAAGGACGAAGUAUUACAAAUCUCAUUAAAGUGUGAUGACAAGUCUUAUGUCUGUUACCUUACACCAACGCGUGCAAUUAAUCCGAGAGCUUCCGAAGUACACAACCUGACUCGAAUUAAUAAAAAUUUGUAUAAAAAUGGCGAGCAAGUAGUAACACGCGCGAAAGCAGUUGUUGUAUCUGAAGUAUUACAGUUCUUAAAAGCUAUAGGUAAAAAAUGUAUCUUAGUUGCGCAUAAUUGCGAAUUUGAUUCGAAACGAUUUAUUCUUUUGAUAAAAAGUUGUGAUUUUCUCUGUGACUUCAAAAAAGUAGUUGUAGGUUUCACUGAUACGCUGCCACUGUUCAGGAAAACAAUUGUUGACGUUGAAAAUUAUAAGCUUACAACUUUAGCGGCGUGUAAAUUGAAUAUUUCUUGCUCCGAAGCUCAUGAUGCGCAAUUUGACGUAGAAGUAUUAGAAAAGCUGGCAAAAGCAUUUCUACAAUUGAAUGAUUUACUGGCAACAAAUGCAACAUUUGAUGACAUUUGUGCCGCUAUUGACAAAAAGCAACGCAGUAAAAUUAAUAUACACACCUUCCUACCUUUGGACGGCACUAUUUCCAAAACAAUGAUGCAAAGAUUAUCCGAACAAAAUUUUACCUACUAUGAUUUAAUUGAUGCAUUUAUCAACGGAGAAGAUCAGGCUAAGCAGUUGUUACAAGGUAACGUGAAUGGGUCACCAACAGUGAUAAAAACAACCAAAAAUUUAAAUGCCAUUAUUGAACAUUUGAAGUUCGUCACGAAAGAGUAG